GGCCAGCAGGUGCACGAAGAUCUCGAAUGUGGCAAAGCCCAGCCAUUGCACCAGUUCCCGGAGCGAGAACAGCAUCGCGCCGGUUGAACGCCGACCGGGGCCCGGCCGAGCGUCCCACCCGUCGGGCUGCGCCUCCUCUCCCCGCGGGCCUCGCCAGCGCCUGCCGACGUCGCCGCCGCGGCGAACGAGAGGCAGCGAGCGGGCCCGCCUGUGCCAGCCCUAGGCCCCGGCGCACUGCCGAUCCUCCGACCCCGGCCCGGGACCCAGCACUGGCCGCCAGCGAACGCCCGCCUCGCUCGGACGCCAUGCCCCGCCGGGCGCAGCCCAAAGGCGUCACUUCCGGGCGACGCCGGAAGUCGGAAGUCAGACCCUGUUCUAGCGGCCGGGGCUCGCGGUGUUUGCUUGCUGGUCGGGCACCGGCGAGCAGGGGGUCCCAGGGGCGUGGUAACGCCCCAAUGCCGAGCCCGCGGCUCCUGGUGCUAUUCGGCAGCCAGACAGGCACGGCCGAGGAUGUGUCGGAGAGGCUGGGCCGCGAGGCCCGGCGCCGGCGGCUCGGCUGCCGGGUGCAGGCUCUGGACUCCUACCCGGUGGUGAAUCUGAUUAAUGAGCCCCUGGUGAUAUUUGUUUGUGCAACUACAGGCCAAGGAGACCCCCCUGACAACAUGAAGAACUUCUGGAGGUUCAUAUUCCGGAAGAACCUGCCAUCGACCUCCCUCUGUCAGAUGGACUUCGCCAUCCUGGGCCUCGGGGACUCCUCGUAUGCCAAGUUCAAUUUUGUGGCUAAGAAGCUGUACCGGAGGCUGCUACAGCUCGGGGCUACCGCGCUUCUGCCUGUGUGCCUGGGCGACGACCAGCAUGAGUUGGGGCCCGAUGCUGCCAUGGACCCGUGGCUGCACGACCUGUGGGAGAAGGUGCUGGGGCUGCUCCCCGCAUCCCUCGGCCUCGGUGUGAUCCCCCCCGGAGUCCCUUUGCCUUCCAAGUUCACCCUGCAGUUCCUUCCGAAGGCCCCCAGGACAGGAUCUGAGGAGCAUCGUGUGGCCAGGACAGACCCUCAGAGCCCUCCUUCAGAGCUGCAGCCCUUCCUGGCACACAUGGUCACCAACCAGAGGGUCACCGGUCCCUCUCACUUUCAAGACGUCCGUCUGAUCGAGUUUGAUAUCGCAGGCUCUGGGAUCAGCUUUGCGGCUGGUGACGUGGUGCUGAUCCAGCCCCAGAAUGCAGCCAGCCGCGUCCAGCAGUUCUGCCAGCUGCUGGGCCUGGACCCCGAAUGGUGCUUCACGCUUCGGCCUCGGGAGCCAGAUGUCCCCUGCCCCGUGCGGCUGCCCCAGCCCUGCUCUGUGCAGCACCUCGUCUCCCAGCACCUGGACAUAGCCGGCGUGCCACGGCGGUCCUUCUUCGAGCAGCUGGCCUGCCUGUCCCCCAACGAGCUGGAGCGGGAUAAGCUGCUGGAGCUCAGCUCUGCUGCAGGCCAGGAGGAGCUGUCCCAGUACUGCAGCCGGCCCCGCAGGACCGCCCUGGAGGUGCUGUGUGACUUCCCGUGCACCGCAGCCGCCAUCCCCCCAGAUUACCUGUUGGACCUCAUCCCCCCGAUCCGGCCACGUGCCUUCUCCAUUGCCUCCUCCCUGCUGGCUCACCCCUCGAAGCUGCAGAUCCUCGUGGCUGUAGUGCAGUACCAGACACGCCUCAAGGAGCCCCGCCGGGGCCUCUGCUCCUCCUGGCUGGCAUCUCUGGACCCGGGGCAAGGACAUGUCCAGGUGCCCUUGUGGGUACGGCCUGGGGGCCUGACCUUCCCAGAGACACCAGACACGCCUGUGAUAAUGGUGGGGCCUGGCACUGGCGUGGCCCCCUUCCGAGCGGCCAUCCAGGAGAGAGUGUCCCAGGGUCAGGCUGGAAACUUCCUGUUUUUCGGUUGUCGCUGGCGGGACCAGGACUUCUACUGGGAGGCUGAGUGGAAGGAGCUGGAGAAGAGGGGCUGCCUGACCCUCGUCACGGCCUUUUCUCGGGAACAGGAGCAGAAGGUGUAUGUGCAGCACCGGCUCCGGGAGCUCGGGCCGCUGGUGUGGAAGCUGCUGGACCGCCAGGGCGCCUACUUCUACUUGGCAGGCAACGCCAAGUACAUGCCAGCAGAUGUGUCAGAAGCCCUGACAUCCAUCUUCCAGGAGGAGGGAGGGCUGUCGGGCCCCGACGCGGCUGCCUACCUUGCCAGGCUCCAACGGACACUGCGUUUCCAGACUGAGACGUGGGCCUGAGGAGCCGUCCUGUGGGCUGCAGCCACUCUGACCACUGCCGUCUGGGGUCUGUUGCCAUUUCCCGCCCUAUCUGAUCCCAAGUGGGAGGAUGGCAGCCCCUCGGCACAGCGGCACUCCAGUCGACCCAGGGCCCCACACUCAGCCCCAACCCCAAGCCCACGCAGGUUCCGGGUUCCAGCUGGCCUUUCCCCACUGGCCCUGACUUGGGUCCAGGUCGGACGGUGCUGCAGGCUGCGCAGGAAUGGUGACCCAGGGUGGUACUGCAGCUUGGUGGGCAUUAAGGGGGCUUCCUCAGACACCAGCUUCCAGACAGCAUAGGAACCCCCCGGGGUGCGGGUCCCUGGGAGGGCCGAGUGUCCUCUCCUCUUCCCUGGGCCACAUGUCAGCUACGUCUCUGUCCACAUCAGCCACCAAGUGCCUGGUGCCGUCUCGGGGCCCCACAGAUCUCGGGCUCAGGCCUAGAGGCCGUGAGGCUCCAGCCAGCAUGCGCUGUUCUCACCCAGUUCCCAGAAGCCUCAGCAAUAAAUCCCAGGCUCAGGAUGGCUGCUCCUGACCUGCUGUUCCUUG